CUCACCUCUUUCUCUUCCUCUGUCGUUCAACAUAGAAAAUAGAAAAUCCCAAUCAAAAUCGUCUGAUGGCUUUUCUACUUUCUCCUACCUUUUUCUCUCCAACCAAAAGCACCUGGCCCUAAUUCCUACUCUAUCCCCCUCUGAUUCUCUCUCUCUCGCCUAUUGCUUGGCUAUCUUCCUCCAUGGACUCUGAGGACGAUAUGCACGAUGCCAAUGACGUCGAGUCCGUCGAAGACGACUUCUACAGUGGCGAGACAGAGGAUACCCCCAUGGACUACUACUGCAGCGACUACGAUCACAACAAUGACGAAGACGCCGAGGACGAGGACGAUGACGACGCCAAUUUCGACUUCGUCGAAGACGAUAUGGAUGAUUCCGCUGAUAUCGCGUCUCGGCGGCCUGAGCAAAACUAUACCAUCUUAAUGGAAUCUGAUAUAAGGCAACAUCAAGAGGACGCUAUCACAAGAGUGUCCACUGUUCUUUCCAUAUCUCGAGCUGCUUCAAGCAUCUUACUCCGCCACUUUAAUUGGAGUGUCAGUAAAUUACACGAUGCAUGGUUUGCUGAUGAAGGUCGAGUCCGUAAAACCGUUGGGUUGCUGGAGGAACCAGUUUUUCAAUUUGCCAAUGCUAGAGAACAGCAUACUUGUGGGAUUUGUUUUGAAAUUAUUCCUCGUGAUGGUAUUAAAUCAGCUGCUUGUUGUCAUCCUUUUUGUACUGCAUGCUGGGCAGGGUAUAUUAGCACAUCUAUUAAUGAUGGUCCUGGAUGUUUGACACUGAGAUGUCCUGAUCCAUCUUGUGGUGCUGCUGUUGGUCAAGAUAUGAUCGAUUCAUUGGCACCUGAUGAAGAUAAGGAGAAGUACUCUCGUUACCUUCUUAGAUCCUAUAUUGAAGAUAGUAAGAAGACCAAGUGGUGUCCUGCUCCAGGUUGUGAGUAUGCUGUUAAUUUUGAGGCUGGCAAUGGAAAUUAUGAUAUUAAUUGCCUCUGCUCAUAUGGCUUUUGCUGGAAUUGUACAGAGGAAGCUCACCGGCCGGUGGACUGUGGUACCGUUGCAAAGUGGAUUUUGAAGAACAGUGCCGAGUCUGAAAACAUGAAUUGGAUACUGGCUAAUUCCAAGCCGUGUCCAAAGUGCAAGCGGCCGAUUGAAAAGAACCAAGGGUGCAUGCAUAUGACAUGCACACCUCCCUGUAAAUUUGAAUUUUGCUGGCUAUGCCUAGGUGUAUGGCAAGAUCAUGGUGAGAGGACAGGUGGUUUCUAUGCUUGUAAUCGUUAUGAGGCCGCUAAGCAAGAGGGAGUGUAUGAUGAGGCUGAGAAAAGAAGAGAAAUGGCGAAGAAUUCUUUGGAGAGAUACACUCAUUAUUAUGAACGUUGGGCAAGCAAUCAAUUGUCGAGGCAGAAAGCUUUGGCAGAUUUACAUCAGAUGCAAACUGUGCAUAUCGAGAAGCUUAGUGACCUACAGUGCACGCCCGAGUCUCAGCUCAAGUUCAUUAUAGAGGCUUGGAUGCAGAUAGUUGAAUGCAGGCGAGUGCUGAAAUGGACUUAUGCAUAUGGGUUUUACCUACAUGAGAAUGAGCAUGCUAAAAAACAGUUUUUCGAGUACUUGCAAGGUGAGGCGGAGUCUGGUUUGGAAAGGCUUCACCAAUGUGCAGAGAAGGAACUACAACAGUUCCUCAAUACUGAGAGCAAACCGCCAAAUGAUUUCAAUGACUUCCGUACAAAGCUAGCUGGACUGACUAGUGUGACUAGGAAUUACUUUGAGAAUCUGGUUAGGGCGUUAGAGAAUGGUUUGUCAGAUGUGGACACCAAUGCGGCUUGCAGCAAGACAAGCAUGAAAAAUGGAGGGAGCAGCAAGGGGCGAGGUGGAAGGGGAAAAGCACCUACUCGAACUGGUGGUUCAAGUAAAAGUGCUGACGGUAGCAUUUAUUGGUCUUGUGAGCAAUGUACCUAUGCCAAUGUCAAGUCUGCCACCAGAUGCGAGAUGUGCAACCAGCAGCGCCGGUGAAAAUUAUAGUCACUUAUGGCAAGACAAAUAUGGACAGCAGACCCUUCAAACAAGCUGACAACAAAAGCUAGAUUUGAGGGGAUAGCUGGUGUGGAAACCAGAAGGUUUUUUGGUGGUUCCUUUUGCUGAGGCUAUUGAAGGUACGAGGAAAAAAAGAAAAAUGAGAAAGUGAAGAAAAACCAGAUGAAAGACAAGCCUCUUUUGUGUUUUCGUUUGCAGUAAACGCUAACUUAUAUAAUUCUGUAUAUAGUUUCCAUCUAUAAUUUCUGCAACUUGCUUUUGUUGCUGAUUUUAAUGUAUUACACAUUGCUUAAAAUUGAAUGCAAAUGAUUUCUUAUGCUC